CCUCAAGCGGGCCUAGCCUAAAAUACUACAAACAAGGAACCAGCUGCGGAGGGCAACACUACCUCAAUAUCUGCUUGAAUCGAAGGAUUGAUUGUAGCCUUCAAGCUCUAAAGGAUAUAUAUUUCGACUUAAACACUUCGAUAAAAUGCCAGCAGCACCAGGAUCAGCAAAGGGGAACAGAAAUGUUGCUUUUAAAGACAAAGAAAAGCCAGUUAUGGUUAGAGAGAGUAAUAUCACAGCUGCAAAAGCUGUUGCUGAUGCAAUUAGAACAAGUCUUGGUCCCAAAGGCAUGGACAAAAUGAUUAAAGGAGGUGAUGGCAAUGUUACAAUAACAAAUGAUGGAGCUACUAUCUUGAAGAAAAUGCAAGUUCUACACCCUGUUGCUAAAAUGUUGGUCGAGCUCUCCAAGGCCCAAGAUGUUGAAGCUGGUGAUGGAACAACAUCAGUUGUAGUUAUAGCAGGAAGUUUACUUAAUGCUGCCUCAAGACUCUUAGAUAAAGGGAUUCACCCAACAAUCAUCUCAGAAUCUUUUCAAAAGGCAGCAGGAAAAGCCAUGGAGUUCAUUACUGAAAUUUCAACACCAGUUGAUCUUUCAGACAGAGAUUCUCUUCUUAAAAGUGCUACCACUUCACUCAAUUCUAAGGUUGUUUCACAAUACUCAAGUCUUCUUGCUCCUAUGAGUGUUGAUGCUGUGUUAAAAGUUAUUGAUCCAACAAAAGACUCAAAUGUUGAUCUUCGUGAUAUCAAUGUUGUCACAAAACUUGGAGGUACCAUUGAAGACACAGAAUUGGUAAAUGGCUUGGUUUUGAGUCAGAAGAUUUCACAUCUUGCAGGUGGAGUAAAUCGAGUAGAAAAGGCAAAGAUUGGUUUGAUACAAUUCUGUAUUUCACCACCAAAAACUGAUAUGGAGAACAAUGUCAUUGUCAGCGAUUACACACAAAUGGACAGAGUCUUGAGAGAGGAGAGGCAAUACAUUUUAGAUAUCUGCAAGAAAAUAAAAAAAGCAGGAUGUAAUGUUCUUUUAAUACAAAAGUCAAUUCUCAGGGAUGCCAUUACUGAUAUGGGACUUCAUUUCCUGGCUAAGAUGAAAAUAAUGGUUGUUCGUGACGUAGAACGAGAUGAAGUAGAGUUUAUUUGCAAGACAAUCGGAUGUCGACCAAUCGCAAGUUUAGAUCACUUUACACCUGAAAUGCUGGCGUCUGCAGACUUAGUCGAAGAGUGCUCCACAGGCGUAGAGAAAGUUGUCAAGGUUACAGGAAUUCAAAACCCAGGUCGAACAGUCAGUAUUCUAGUAAGAGGAUCAAAUAAGCUUGUACUUGAUGAGGCUGAAAGAUCAAUCCACGAUGCAUUGUGCGUCAUCCGAUGCCUCGUUAAGAAAAAAGCUUUAAUUGCUGGAGGUGGUGCUCCUGAAAUCGAGGCUAGUGUCAGGUUAAUGAACUAUGCAAAGGAACUGACCGGAAAAGAGGCUUACUGUUUCAAAGAGUUCGCCCAGGCGCUGGAGAUCAUUCCGUACACUCUGGCGGAGAAUGCUGGGCUGAGCCCCAUCGCCGUCGUCACUGAACUAAGGAACAAACAUGCGAAAGGAGAGAAGAAUUAUGGUAUCAAUGUCCGCAAGGGAGCUGUAACCAACAUUCUGGAAGAAAACGUUCUUCAACCUCUUCUUGUUUCAACAAGCGCGAUCAACCUUGCAGCUGAAACCGUCCGAAGUAUACUGAAAAUUGAUGACAUUGUUAGCAGCAUGCGAUAAGAAGCACGAUUAACAGCUGAUGUUUCGCAGGGAUCUUCAGGUUGAUGGUCCUGGUCAUUGCUGUUACUACGUGAACCUAGACACUACUUUUGUUAUGAAUAGUUUUCUCGUUUCAAUUGAGUAGAUUUAUUUAAAUGAGAUGCGACAGAUAUCCUGAA